UUCAAAGUUUGUACAUAAUAUGGCUUUUGCACAUGUAUUAUCGUCAUCAGAUGAUGAAGAUUUUGCUAUUGAUAUUAAUCGAAGACCAAAUAAUGUUAGAAGACGACCUGUUCAUUUUUAUGAGUUAGAUGAUGUAGAUUUUCACGCUCGGUUCCGUUUAUCGAAAGAACGCAUUGCUGAAGUGUUGGAAGCUAUCGAACCCGAAAUUUCACAUCCGACAGAACGGAACAAUGCUAUUUCUCCUAUGAAUCAGCUUCUCUUGACGUUGAGAUUCUACGCUACUGGCAGUCACUUUAUAUCGGCAGAUAAUUUUUCUGGAGUGAGCAAAACAAGUGCUCAUAGAAUUGUUUACCGCGUAACGAAUGCUAUUGCUCGUCUUCGGCCAAGAUUUAUAAAAUUUCCUACUCUUGCGGAUGAAAUAAAAACCGAGCAAAUAAAAUUUUUUGACAUAGCACGAUUUCCGAGAGUUGUGGGCUGCAUAGAUUGCACUCAUGUAAAAAUCCAGUCAUUUGAUGUUAUUUGUGAACGACACUUUUUGCCCGAGUGCAUCGAAGAAAUAAUGACCCAAGAGCAUUUCGGCAGACAACCUAGAUUGAUGCGUCGUGUUAAAAGAAACGCAGUUCCAACUGAGUUUUUGGAUCUCCCAAACGAAAGAAAACGUAGUCGUCAGAAGGAGAAAGAAAAUCGAUUGAGUAUAGAGUAA